UCUCACAGGAUUUACUUCUGCCGAGAUGUCAGUUAAGAAUUCAGUGGGCACACAUUAGGCACUGUCCUCCCCCCCCGGGUUCCUUUUGCAUCACAGAUAAAGCAUUCUCCCCAUAUUAAAUUUCUCAGGAUUGUCCUCUUGCUCCUUGUUGCUUGUAAGCCACCGCAUUGUCUCUUGAUCCCAAUUGAGAACCAUUCUGCCUCUGCACUAAUUGACUUUAAACUUGCAGAACCACCAAAGACGCCUCUUUGUGCAUGUCCUCUUGCCCAUCUCAGAAUAUGGCCUUCUUAUGCUCUCUGGGCAUCCCAUUUGUCUUUCUCACCUCUCCAACUCUGUCGCGUCGUUGAAUCUUUUUCUAGUUCACAAGUUCCAAAAAGGAAUCUCAAUUUUUGAGGUGGGCUUCUGAGUUUUUUCUGUUUUUGGCGAUGGAAGCAUGCUGUGAUCUUGAAGUAGAUGUCAAUGGGGAAGAGACUUUCGUUGUGGACAAGACAAUUGUUUCAUCAUUUUCAGGCAGAUUGAGCCGCUUAUUCAGUAAAUCGACCUGUACUAGAAAUUUCAAAGUGAUAUUCCAUGACUUCCCGGGAGGGCCGGAGGGAUUUGAGCGAAUGACAAGAUUCUGCUACAACAAUGGCAGAACUGUGAUAGCUCCCUCUAACACUGCGUUACUUUAUUGUGUGGCAAAAUACAUGGAAAUGAACGAUUCUGUCUCUGGAGCUCGUAACUUGCUUGAACAAACUGAGAAAUCACUGGAAGACAUUGGCUACUGGACGUGGUCUGAGCUCUUGGUAGCUUUGAAGCAAUGCCAAGGUUUAGUUUCAGUUGCGAAUUCUUCGCUUAUACUUCAGAAAAUGCUGGCUUCCCUAGUUGGAAGGCUGGCAGUAACCAGCGAAGCAAGUCCGUGUCCAUCUACUUCUUCCCCUGAUAGCCCUCUGUUUCGGUUUUCCUGCGACUCUAAAAGCACAGAGAGCUUGAAAACCAGCUCCACGCGGCCAUCAUGGUGGUUUGAAGACUUGCUAGCUCUAAAUCCUAGUACAGUUGAAAUGUUAGUAAAAGCAAUGAUCUUCCGAAAAUUAGAUCAUGCCACGAUAAGUAGAUUCCUGUUUUAUUACCAGAAGUCCAAAUUCAUAACUGCCUCAUUGUGUGAGAAGCGCAGGAUCAUCGAAAAGGUCAUAGAUAUGCUCUAUUCUCUCGAUAGGAGCUCUGUUUCUUGCAAGAAUUUAUUUGAGAUUCUUCGAGUUGCUUUGGGCUCGAAAAUAGACAAACGCUGUAGACACAGGUUGGAGACUAUGAUCGGUAUGCAGAUGGAUCAAGCAACACUAGAUAAUCUGCUUCUUCCAUCUUCCAAUGGCAUGGCCUACCUGUAUGAUGUAAAUCUUGUUCUAAGGUUUUUGAGAGCAUUUCUGUCCAAAGAUAUCCGCCAAGCAUCUCCAGUUCGAUUGAAGAAAGUUGCUAGCCUGAUUGAUCUGUACAUAGCUGAAGUUGCACCGGAUCCUAAUUUGAAACCUUCAAAGUUCUUGGCACUGGCCAUGGCCCUGCCAGAUUCCGCCAGAGACUCUUACAAUGGAAUCUACCAUGCCAUUGACAUGUACCUGGAGGUGCAUGCAGGAUUAUCUAAAGAAGAAGUGAUAAAAAUCUGUUGUGCACUGAACUACGAGAAGCUCUCAUCAGAAGCUUGCACACACCUUGCUCAGAAUACAAAAUUUCCAUCAAAAAGUGCGGUUCGAGCUCUUAUAACUCAGCAGUGCAAGCUUAAAAGAUUACUUCUGGAUACCAACUGUCCAAAACCCUAUGCAGAUUCUUACUGUAAUUUCACUGAAACUGGAAGCAAGGGGAAGAAAGAUGAAGCCAUGGAACAAAUUGUGCUCUACUCGGGGAAACUUGAUCAUUCUUCUGAUCAUGAGAGGCUUAGAACCCAUUUGCAGGGGAUGCAGUGGAGGGUGAUGGAAUUGGAGAAAGUUUGCAGGCAAAUGCAAACCCAAAUGAAAAAGAUCAUGAAAUCAAGAUCAACCCCCCACAGUUCUGCUAGAUCUCUACCCAAGCUCUGUUCAUGAUAGAAAUUUUACAUAAAUAUAUAUAUAUAUGAUAUUUCUUUCCUUAAAAAAAUAAAUAAAAUGAUAACAUUUCUAGUACAUUUCCCCAUAUUAUAUGUACAUGAUUUGAAAUGAGUUUGUGUCUCUAUAUGUUUUUCCUUCUUUUCUGGAAAAAAUAAAGGCGAUUGAUUGAGAAAGA